UCCACUAGAAACUCAAAUGCAUCGAUACACACUCUCCUCAUCUUCACUACCUCUUCCUCAAACCCACCAACCAAAUCCUCAUCCAAAACCCCCACUACAAAACCCUCUUCUACACACCUUCAAAACCCCAUUUGAACUCAAACAAUUUCACACCCAAAUCAUCAAAACAAACACACCCAUAUCUAUACUCCAACUUACCCAUAUAGCCUCCAUUUGUGCACUCACUCCCAGCUUCCCAUACGCUACAAAACUCAUUCAACUCUCUUGCACUAACGAGACUGACAUAUGGAACCAUUGUUUGAAACAAUUAGCUGAUAGUGAUACCCCUAAUAAUGCUGUUCGUUUGUUCAUUCAAUUAUGCACGCAAGGUGUUUGUUUAAAUGCUUUUAGUUUUUCGCAUUUUAUUAAAGCUUGUACGAGACUUGAGGACGGGUUAUAUGGGAAGAUUGUUCAUGGGUUUAUUGAGAAACAUGGGUUUCAAUCCAAUUUGUAUUUGCUAAAUGGUAUGGUGCAUUUGUAUGUGGUUUCGGGUGAGUUUGAGAGUGCGCGCCAAUUGUUUGAUAAAAUGCCUGACCGAGAUGUUGUUACGUGGAACAUAAUGAUUAAGCAUUUGGUGAAAAGGGGGGAUGUGGAUGAGGCGUAUGCGUUGUUCGGUAGGAUGCCGGAGAGGAAUGUGAGGUCGUGGACGGCUAUGAUCAUGGGGUUUGUUAACAUUGGAAAACCGAAGGAAGCGAUUGAGCUUUUUAAUAAGAUGGAAGAGGAAAAUGUACGUCCGAAUGAGGUUACGGUGGUGGCGGUUCUUGCAGCGUGUGCGGAUCUUUGCGUGCAUGAUUUAGGGAAAAAGAUUCAUGAGUUCUCGAACCGAAGUGGGUUUAAAACAAACGUUCGCAUUUGCAACACGUUGUUGGAUAUGUACAUUAAAUGCGGAUGUCUAGAAGCGGCUCGUAGUGUUUUCGACGAGAUGGAGGAGCGAACGGUUGUGUCGUGGUCGGCUAUGAUCCAAGGGUUAGCGAUCAACGGAAAGGGCGAGGAAGCUUUAACGUUAUUCUCCAAGAUGAUCGAUUUACGAAUCAAACCAAACGCGGUAACAUUUAUCGGACUCUUACAUGCUUGUAGCCACAUGGGGAUGGUAAACGAGGGCCACGAGUAUUUCACCAGCAUGAGUAAAGAUUACGGUAUAGUUCCCCAAAUCGAACACUACGGUUGUAUGGUUGAUCUUCUCAGUCGGGCCGGGUUACUCAAAGAAGCGCGUGAGUUCAUAAAAAGUAUGCGUGUUAAACCAAACGGGGUGGUAUGGGGCGCACUUCUUGGCGGCUGCAGGGUCCACAAGAACGUUGAAUUGGCCGAAGAAGUGAUCGAACAUCUUCUUGAACUAGAUCCGCUUAACGAUGGGUACUAUGUUGUUUUAUCGAACAUUUACGCAGAAGCUAAGAGGUGGGAAGAUGCUGCAAGAGUGAGAAAGUUGAUGAGAGAGAAAGGCGUGAAGAAAACACCCGGGUCAAGUUCAAUUUCCGUUAACGGUGUAGUGCAUGAGUUUGUGGCUGGAGACGAGUCUCAUCCGCAGACCGAAGCGAUACAAGAAAGAUGGGAGAAGUUGUUAGAAGAAAUGAGGUUGAGAGGGUAUGUACCGAACACUUCGGUUAUUGUUCUUGACAUAGAAGAGAGCGAAAAAGUCAAAUUUGUAUUGCGACAUAGUGAAAAGUUAGCGGCUGUGUUUGGUUUAAUUAAUACAGCGAAGGGAACUCCGAUUAGGAUCAUGAAGAAUCUUCGUGUUUGUGAAGAUUGUCAUGCUGCUUUGAAGUUGAUUUCGGAGAUUGUUGAUAGGGAGAUAGUAGUAAGGGAUAGGAACCGGUUUCAUUGCUUCAAAAAUGGUGUGUGUUCGUGCAAAGAUUAUUGGUAAUGGAAUCACUCUCGUGUUGCUUGGUUGCGACAUAAGGGAACUUGUAAUUGCGGUCCUGCAUGCAUUGUAUUUUAUCUCAAACUGGUCAAAUGCAUAUAGUCGAAGUUUAGCUAAAGGGACAAAACGCGGUGUAUGAUUUGGCUCUAAUCGAUUUUGUUAGAUUCUUAUCGUGGUGAUAUUGUUCUUGUAAUCAUACGUUAACGUUGUUUAUUUAUUAAAAAUUUGUAAUUUUUUUUUGCA